AUGGCGAAGGGUGAACCAGGAAGGCUGCGGUGCAAUAGUGAAGACCUGCGGUUCGCGUUCGAGAUCGCGCCCCGCGAGCAAAGCAGCAUCAUCCUGUUCGCCAAGACGGCGCAGGAUAAGAACGAGUGGAUGGCGAGCCUCAUCAUGCUCAACACGAAAAGCAUGCUGGACCGCUCGCUGGACAUGCUGCUGCUGGACGAGGAGAAGAAGAACCCGCUGCGCCGUCCCGACCCGGAGCAGUACCGGUUCGCCGAGCCGGACAGCCCCGACAACAUCGUGCUGGAGCAGCCAGAGGCGGCCGGCGUGCCUCUCAUUAAGGGCGCCACGCUGACCAAGCUGACGGAGCGGCUCACGUACCACAUGUACGCCGACCCCAUGUUCGUCAGGACCUUCCUCACCACAUUCCGCAGCUUCUGCACCGCCCAGGAGCUGCUGACGCUGCUGUUGGACCGGUACGACAUCCCCGAGCCGGGCGCGCCGCCCGACCAUUCGCCCACGCCGCCCGGCCUCGACACCAAGGCCGUCAAGGCCACGCUGCGCGACGACAUCAAGCGCUUUCGCAAGGAGUACAGCCAGCCGGUCAAGUUCAGGGUGCUGAACGUGCUCCGCCACUGGGUGGACCACCACUUCUACGACUUCGAGCGGGACCAGCAGCUGCUGCAGCGUCUGGAGGCGUUCCUUCUCGAGAUCAAGGGCAAGGUGAUGCGGAAGUGGGCCGACAGCAUCCUGAAGAUCAUUCACCGCAAGCGGCUGAAUCGGGAGGAGCUCAAGCCGGAGGUGGUGUUCGGCGUUGAUCGCUCGCCGCCGCCCACCGAGUGGCACCUCUUCAAGAGCGAGGACGACUGGAAAAAUCCGUCGGAGGACCUGGUGAAGCCGCUGCUCAUGCUGCACCCGAUCGAGGUGGCCCGCCAGCUGACCUUGCUCGAGUUCGACCUGUACCGGGCCGUCAAGCCGGCAGAGCUGGUCGGCUCCGUCUGGACCAAGGAGAACAAGCAGCAGGCGUCACCCAUGCUGCGCAUGAUCCACCACAACACAAACGUGACCCGCUGGCUGGAGAAGUGCGUGGUCGACACGGAGAACAUGGACGAGCGGCGCGCCGUGGUGUCGCGCGUCAUCGAGAUCAUGAUGGUGCUGCAGGAGCUCAACAACUUCAGCGGCGUGCUGGAGGUGGUGGCCGCGCUGGAUAGCGCCGCCGUCCACCGGCUCAUCCUCACCUUCGAGGAGAUCGUGCCCAAGCUGGACCGGGCGCUGGAGGAGGCGCGCGAGCUCUGUAACGACCACUACAAGCGGUACCAGGAGAAGCUGCGCUCCAUCAACCCCCCCUGCGUGCCGUUCUUCGGCAUGUACCUAACCAACAUCCUGCACAUCGACGAGGGCAACCCGGACUUCCUGCCCAAGUCGGACCGGCUGAUCAACUUCAGCAAGCGGCGGAAGGUGGCCGAGAUCACGGGCGAGAUCCAGCAGUACCAGAACCAGCCGUACUGCCUGCGGCCCGUGCCCAAAAUCAGGAGCUUCUUGGAGAACCUGCGGCCGUUCGAGGAGGGCAAGGAGACGGAGGACAUCAACAACUACCUGUACACGCGCUCGCUGUACAUCGAGCCGCGCGGCUGCCGCGUGCCGCCCAAGUUUCCGCGCCAGUGGGACGGCAUGUCGCUGCGCUCGCCGGGCAUCAAGCCGCGCCGCUCCAACGUACCGCACCCGCUGCCGGCCAUGCGGCUGUCGUCGUCGAUGCGCAUCGCCGAGGAGGCCGACUCGGACACGCCGCGCGUGCUCACGCCGCCGACGCCGUCGACGCCGUGCUCGCCGCCGCACACGGCCAACAGCGACCACAGCGUGUUCGCCAACGUCAUCGUGGGCGUCGCCAGCAACGGCUCCGGGUUCGGCCUGACGAGUCAGUACAGCGCGCCAGCCGGCCUGACGCAGCAGCCGCCGCCGCUGCCGCCGCGCCGCAAGCGCGAGCUCUCGCUGGCCGACCCGCCCGGCCGCGUGCAGCAGGCGCCGGACGCGCCGCAGCUGCCGCCGCGCAACACGUCGCCGCCGCCGCGGCCGCCGCGC